AUGGCGGACGAGGCCGCCGGAGCGAACUGCCCUCGCUGCAGCACGCGCCUCCACCGCCGGAUCCACGCGAAUGAGGAGGAACCCGAAAUUGCAACACGCCGUUGCAGCCCGCGCCUCCAUCCCCAAACCCUCGCGAGCAAGGAGGUCUCCGGAGUGACCCGCCGCCACCGCCGCGGCACGCCCCUCCACCCUCAGAUCCACGGUAAUGAGGAGGGCGCCGGAGUGACCCGACGUCGCAGCCCGCGAUUCCAUCCCCAAAUCCACGCGAGUGGGGAUGGGGAGGCCGCCCGAGUGGCCCGCCGCCGCCGCCGCGGAACCUCGCCGGAGGCGGCUGACUCCCUGCCGGCCAGCGACGAUCUCCUCCGGGAGAUCCUCCUCCGCCUCCCGCCGCAGCCGUCCUCCCUCCCACGCGCCGCCGCCGCCUGCAAGCGCUGGCUCCGCGUCGCCGCCGACCCCCGGUUCCUCCGCGGCUUCUCUGCCCGCCACCGCAAGCCGCCCCUCCUCGGCGUCUUCGAGCCCCUCGACUGGGAGAUCGACUCGUGUGGUCGCCUUAAUCGUCGCUCCUUCAAGCGCCGCGACAAGUGGAUUGAGUUCACGCCCAUCCUCGACCCUCCCGACCGGAUCCCUCCUCAGCGCUUCGACCUGCGACGUCACUGCGUCGAAACCGGCAUCCGCUCCAGGGCCCAGCUGCUCGGGUGCCGCCACGGCUGCCUUCUCAUCAUGGACGAUGUGCACGCAGACUUUGUUGUCUACGCCCCCAUCACGGGCGAGCAGCGCCGUUUGGCGGUUCCCACGGAGUUCAAGAGGGACUUUGUCCAUGCGACGGUGCUCUGUGCUGCGGGCGAGCUUGGCCACGUGCACGGCAGCUGCCAUUGGAGCCCAUUCAAGGUGGUCUUGGUGUCCAUGUAUAGAAAGGAUAAUCGGCCGGUCGCUUGUGUUUACUCCUCGGAGGCUGGUGUGUGGGGCAAUCUCAUUUCCACAGACGCUCGAUGCGGGCUUGUUGAUGCUAAUCCCGGGAUUCUUGUUGGUAAUGCCCUUUACUGGUCGUCUAAGUCUGUGUGUGACGGUGAAGGUUUGUGGGGUUUAGAUAGGCUCACAAAUGAUAUAAUUGAGUUUGAUUUGGAUACACAUAGCCUAGCUGUGAUCAAGGGGCCUCCCUGUCUCAAUAACUCACUCAGACAUCAGAUCAGCAAGGCAGACGAUGGUUUUGUUGGUCUCACCGUGGUGUUUUAUGGUAGAUUUGAAAUGUGGCAGAGGAAGAUUGAUCGUCAUGGUGUUGCCACAUGGUUAAAUCACAAGAGCAUUCAAAUGCAUCUUGUUCUUGGGCUCUCUCAUCAGCUUGAGAGAUUGACGAGAUGGAUACAAAUUAUGGGGUAUGAUGAGGAUAAUGGUGUAAUAUUUUUACAUGUGGAUGCCAGUGUCUACAUGGUUCAACUGAUGUCGAUGCAAUCCAAGAAACUUUAUCGAAGCUAUACUCCCAAUAAUAGAUGUCACCCUUUCACAAGUUUCUAUGCGCCAGCCAUUCCUGGUGGAUGCAAUGGAGCUGAGAUGUUGCACGAUAUGUAG